AUGGGGCUGCCGAAGGACCCAGGGCACUUUCCUGAGGAAAUGGCAGCUGUUACUCCAAGAAAAAGAAAGCGCCAUUCUGAUGGCUUGCAGGUUGUUCAUGCGAAUCCAGUGAAAAAACUGAUGAUGGAAUUCAUUGAAGAGCUGCCAGUGGUUAAGAUGCCUACACAUCACGGUUUUAUAUCUCCAGCAGAGCAAACAUCAAGUUUUCGAGAUGAAUGCAAAGAAAACCAACAUUCACCUCAAAGAUCAACCAGAUCACAGAAACUUGAUACUUCUCCACUACAGACAGCCAAUGUGCCAAGGGGUAUACGAAGGGAGUCCCCUCAGAGAAUGUCUCCAGAGUCUAGUACCACAUACAGUUCAAUUGUGCCCACGAGCUUCUUUUACAGCAAAGGGAAGCAAUUCCAAAGCCUACUGGAGAGGAAACUGGCAAACGAGAGCCAUCCUCUUAGACCAAGAAAUGAUGAUGGAAACCUCCCUAUUGAUAACAAGACAGAGACAACACAGAUAAAAGUUUUGAAAGCCAGGAAACCAAGUUCAAAAACAUCCAAGCGCCCAGCUGCUUCUAGGCAGGCAAAGACUUUGCCAAGAAACACCAAAAAAGCCAAAUUAGAGAUUGCUUCUCCCAAGCCAGUUGAGGGAAAAGAGACUUGUGCUGUGGAAAAGAAAAUGGAUGCUCCUUUCAAAGUCUUAAGUAUGAAAUUCAAACCUGUGCUGAAACUCCAAACAGGGGCAGCAUUCUUUGCUACUGGAAAGAAGUGGCAAUCUGGUUCUAAGAAAGUACUUUCAUCUCCACCAUCCCUCCAUUCUGACAGAAAGUCCAUAGUAAAAGAGAAACAGGACAAAUCUCUGAGCCAUACUAAGUUCUUGUCCACUAAAAGCAAAGCAAAUGAAGCUGGUGGGAAAGGAAGUCAUGUAAAUGGGUUCCUAAAAAGGGGGGGAAAUGAUAACACGGAGGAAGGUGAGAAACUGAUACAGAAUGCAAGCCAAUAUAAGGAGGCCAUGUGUGAAUUGGAUAAUAGGCUCCUACAAACUUCUCGUGAUUGCCCAAAGGUCCUGACUCAAAAGGAAACUGAUGCUGGGACCCAGGGCUUUGAAGAAAACUCUCGGGGUUCACCUAGAAAUAUGGACAAGCAUAAGAAUAACUCCUCCAUGUCAUCUUUGACAGACAGCAUCCAUCCUUUAUUCAGUACGCCUUCCAGCAACAAAAAAAGGGCACGGGCUCUCCCAGAUGAGCAGCUUUCACUUGUGGAGCUCAGUCCAGUAGUACAGAAGGCUCCUGCCAUACCGAAAGCCAGCAAGAAGACAAAAGAACUGAGCAAAAGCUUAAACGAUCAGAUGGUCAUUGAUGCUGGUCAGAAACAUUUUGGUGCCACUGUCUGCAAAUCAUGUGGCAUGGUCUACUCAGCUGCCAACCCAGAGGAUGAAGGGCAUCAUGUCCAGUAUCAUCAGAGGUUCCUUGAUGGAAUAAAAUAUGUGAGCUGGAAGAACGAACAUGUGGUUGCAGAAUUCUGGGAUGGGAAAAUCCUCUUGAUCCUGCAGGAUGAUCCCAAAUAUGCCAUCAAGAAGGCUGAAGAUGUACGGGAACUUGUAGAUAAUGAACUUGGAUUUAAACAAGUGGCAUUAACCUAUCCAAGCCAGAUCCAAACGUACCUUUUUGUAUCUGAGAAGAAGAUAGUUGGCUGUUUAAUUGCUGAGCCAGUCAGGCAGGCUUUUCGAGUGCUAUCAGAGCCGACAACAACAUUGGCGUCUCCUACUAAGAACAACCUGGAGCAUCAGCGGGCUUGGCGCUGCUCAACAAAGCCGGAGAAGGUGUUCUGCGGGAUCAGCCGAAUCUGGGUGUUCAGCCUGAUGCGGAGAAGGUGCAUUGCCACUCGUCUGGUGGAUGUGAUCAGGCGUACGUUCUUAUUUGGCUCUUACCUAGGCACCAAUGAAAUCGCCUUUUCAGAUCCAACACCAGAUGGCAAGCUAUUUGCAGCCAAGUAUUGUAAAACGCCCAACUUCCUUGUUUAUAAUUUCGUUAGUUAAGGCCGUUUCUGUGCAACUGCAAGGUGGAUUUGAGUGGAGUCAGAACUUCCUUCCUCCAACAGCAAACACACACGCACACACACAAAGAUGCAAUUACAUUUUUCUUGUAUUUUCUUCAUUUUAAUAUUGUCAUGCAAAUUAGGAAUGGCACCAAACCAAGUUUGUGUUGCUUGAAAAGGUUUAAUUCUGGAAGUUAAAACUUCUGAAGUUGAUUUUAAGUUCUUAGUUUGUAAGUAUGAAAGAGACAAUGCCUAUUUAGUUUUCCUACCUACGGCUAAUACCUGGUUUAGCUAUUCUUAUCUGCUGCCUACAGUGUUGCCCCAUCUUUGUAUCCCUGGCAGAUCUCCUGUUUGUUUGCAAGUAAGUUUAGCCAGCUUUAUCCGAGGGGAGAAGUAAUCUUCUAAACUAGAGAAAGUAAUCCUGCGCUGAGAGCCCGUGUAAAGGCUGCUUUGCAGAGGAGAAAGAGGGCUGAGUGGGGAAUGUUCUAAUGCUGCUAUGGACCAGUUAACUUUUUUUGCACCUGUUAGUGAAUGCACAGCAUUGAGGCCGAUUCUGUAAGCCUGAAGUGCCGGAUGCAAGUCCAGGAGCUGGACUGGCUGCCUGCAAACCACGGCAAGUCUUGCACUAAACAUUGUUAGACCGAGUCUGUUCAAAUAAAUAUUUGCGUGUUUUA